ACAAGGCAAUCUCUAGUUUUACAGUCUAUAAAGAGAGAGCGAGAGGUCAGUUUGCAAUUAAUUAGCCUAAUAGCAGUUUCCACGGCACCCUUCCCAGUUUUGGGAAAUGAAACGUGUGGCGAUAAUUAUUCUCCGAGUUAUGUCAGCGGCGUAUGUAGAGCGUGCAGUCUGGAUCCUUAGUGCACUCUACCACUCAUUGUCCUCUUCAUACAUCGCACAUACUCUCUCUCUCUCUCUCUCGCUCUCUCUGGCUCGCUCGCUCUCUCUCUUUCGCGUGCACUGGAUUCUGUGCCGACUCGACUUUGACUGUGCGGGACGGCGAACUCAUUCAAUUGGAAACGAUCGGUUGUGAAAGGGGAAGAAAGAGCCGCAAUCACUGGGACAUGGAUAUAAUCAACAGGCAGUGCACCGACAACACAUAACUUGGCGUGUGUUCCUGGAAAGCGACAGUAUUUCACAGUGCGGCACAUUAACCGAGAAAAAAAAAGCCGGUUAAGACGAGUCGUAGUGCAGGCUACAUUUGGACAGUUGUAGAGAAUAUGCAUCUGAUUCGUAUCUGCAAAAUUUUCCACCAGUUGUGUGUCUUAUCGGCUACUGUAAUUUCAGGGCUGCAACUGCGGGAUUCGGAGUCGGAGAUAUUUUUCCCGGAGGUUCUUCCAGACAGAAGCCCGCCGGAUCCCGCCAGACCAAACGGCCGAGGGGGAGAUGCCGGCGCGGGGAGCAGCUCUCGGGAGGUCCGCUCCGUCUCCACCUGGGGAGAGUACGCGUCCCAAGCGUUUAACCACUGGGAACCCCCGGGACCGCAAACGCCUGCUUCCUCGGGACUGCGGCUCAAAAUCGCGGCUUUUGGCAAGGACCUGUACCUCAUUUUGAAGAGAGACACGCGUUUUCUGUCCCAGAAAUUCGUGGUGGAGAAGAGACCGAAAGCACGAAAGGCAUCUCCGCGCGCCUCGCCAGCUCCGUCCUCUGCCAGCGCGGAGUCCGCGUGCUAUUUCAGCGGGACUGUUCUCAAUUACGCUGGAUCGCGCGCCUCAUUCAGCACCUGCGCCGGACUGAUGGGGUUUAUCGAGCUCGGUGAGGAUUUUUUAUUCAUCGAGCCUGUGAACCACACGCUGGUGGUGACGGGGCAUGCUCAUCGGGUCUACAGGAAGAGGCGUGCUGCGGAGGAGAGGCCAGCCAAUCAGAAGGCUCCCGGUUCCUGCGGAGUCAUUCCAGAGAGGCCGAAAACGAAAGGCAGGAAGACGUGGGAAGGAGGACGAGGGAAAAGGUACUCGUACAAAUUACUCCACGAGUACGACGUGGAGACGCUGGUCGUCGCCGACCCGGCGAUGGUCAGUUACCAUGGCACCGAGGCGGCAAAACGCUUCAUUCUCACCAUCAUGAAUAUGGUUUUUAACCUGUUUCAACACAAGAGCCUUGGAAUCCAAAUCAACAUUCGCCUGACCAAGCUGGUGCUUCUGCAGGAGACCCCAGCCAGCAUGUACAUCGGUCACCACGGAGAGAAGAUGCUGGAGAGCUUCUGUCGCUGGCAGCAGGAGGAGUACGGGGGGAAGGGCAUGGCCUCCGACUUCGACCCGCGAUGGCGGGACGACCUUCCGUCUGUGGACACCGCCAUCCUCAUCACACGGAAGGACUUCUGUGUGCACAAAGAUGAGCCGUGUGACACCGUGGGGAUUGCCUAUCUGAGCGGCAUGUGCAGUGAGAAGAGGAAGUGCAUCUUAGCCGAGGACAACGGGCUCAACCUGGCCUUCACCAUCGCCCACGAGAUGGGCCACAACAUGGGAGUGAGCCAUGACAACGACCACCCAUCGUGCGCCGACGGCCUCCACAUCAUGUCCGGGGAGUGGGUCAAAGGGCAGAACCUGGGCGACGUGUCCUGGUCCCGCUGCAGCCGCGACGACGUGGAGAAGUUCCUCCGAUCCAAGUCCAGCAGCUGCCUCCUGCAGACGGACCCUCUCAGCCAGAACUCGGUCUUCCUGCUGUCCAAGCUGCCGGGCCUCUCCUACACGGCCGACGACCAGUGCCAGAUCCUGUUCGGCCCGACGGCAUCGCUCUGCCACAGCAUGCAGUACGUGAUGUGCUCUGGACUCUGGUGCCGGGUGGACGGGGAGAAGGACUGCCAGACCAAGCUGGACCCGCCGAUGGACGGAACCGAGUGCGACACGGGCAAGUGGUGCCGAGCCGGGGAGUGCGUGAGCCGGGCCCUGCCCCCCGAGCCCCCCGUGGGGGUGUGGAGCGCCUGGGGGCCGUGGGCCGCCUGCAGCCGAACCUGCGGCCGCGGGAUCAGCACCCGCCAGCGCAAGUGUGAGAGCCCCAGCCCCGGCGGGACAGAGGGGCGGUGCGUGGGACCCGGGAGGCAGUACAAGCUGUGCGAGAACACGCCCUGUCCCGUGGGAACGCCCGGGUUCAGGGACUCGCAGUGCCAGACCUUCAACCGACCCUCCCUGCACUGGUACUCCGUCAUGGACGACGAGCGCCCCUGCACCCUCUUCUGCUCCACCUCGGGGAAGGAGCCGCCGCUCGUCCUGGCGGAGAAGGUCCUGGACGGCACCUCCUGCGGCCCUCUGGAGUCCGGCAUGUGCGCCAACGGGACGUGCCAGAAAGUGGGCUGCGAUGGUGUCCUGGGGUCGUCCUCCAGGGAGGACCACUGCGGGGUGUGCAACGGCAACGGGAAGUCCUGCAAGGUCAUCAAGGGCGACUUCAACCACACCCGCGGUGCAGGAUACGUGGAGGCCAUAGUGAUCCCGAAGGGCGCGCGGAGAAUAAGGGUGGUGGAGGAGAAGCCUGCUCAGAGCUACCUCGCUAUCAAAGACAACAGCAAGCGUUCCAUUAACAGCGACUGGAAGAUCGAGAACCCGGGUCUGUUCAACAUCGCCGGCACCACCGUCCACUACGUAAGGAGAGGAUUGUGGGAGAAACUGUCAGCCAAAGGCCCCACAACGUCCCCUCUGCACCUGCUGGUGCUUCUCUUCAAUGAUCAGAACUACGGGAUCCACUACGAGUACACCCUGCCGGCAGAGCCCGCCUCCGAGCCACAGGGGGGCGCCAUCCCCAAAGCCAGCGAGCCCCUCUUCAUGUGGACCCACUCGGGCUGGGAGGACUGCCACGCCGUCUGCGGGGGAGGGGAACGGAAGACCAUCGUCACCUGCACCAAGAUAGUCAACAAGACGACCAGCGUGGUGGACAACAGGAAGUGCCGCCACUUGACCAAACCGGAGCCCCAAGUGCGGAAGUGUAAUGAGCAGCCCUGCCAGACGAGGUGGAUGAUGACGGAGUGGACGUCCUGCUCCAGGACCUGUGGGAAGGGGUCCCAGAGCAGGCAGGUGGCCUGUACCCUGCAGCUGCCCAACGGCACCCUGGUGAAGGCCCGGGACAGGGACUGCGCCGGCCCCCGACCCCCCCCCAACCAGCGCUGCGAAGGCCAGGACUGCCUGACCGUGUGGGAGGCUGGAGUGUGGUCUGAGUGCUCGGUGAAAUGCGGCCGGGGGGCCAGGCACCGGCUGGUGAAGUGCACCAACCCCCGCAGGAAGUGCGACCUGACCACGCUGCCCCGCGAGGUGGAAGAGUGCGAGGACUACUCCCAGUGCUACGUGUGGAGGACCGGCGACUGGGCCAAGUGUUCCGUUACCUGUGGCAAAGGGAUGCAGUCGCGGGUGAUCCAGUGCAUGCACAAGAUCACCGGGCGUCACGGCAACGAGUGCUUCUCGUCGGAGAAGCCGGCGGCGUACCGACCCUGCCACCAGCAGCCCUGCAACGAGCGGGUGAACGUCAACACCAUCACGUCUCCGAGACUGGCUGCCCUGACGUUUAAGUGCCUGCGGGACCAGUGGCCGGUGUACUGCAAGGUGAUCCGCGAGAAGAACCUGUGUCAGGACAUGCGCUGGUACCAGCGGUGCUGCGAAACCUGCAGGGACUUUUACGCACAGAAGAUGCAGCAGCGAAGCUGACCCCCCACCCCCCCCCCCCCAACCCCCCACCCCCUUCCCAGGCGAAUGUAAAAGCCCCCCCUUCCCCCGCCCACGCACCCCUUUCCCUUUGCAUAUUUAUGUCAAGUGCACUUACAUGAAUCAGAUCUGGCAUUGAAAUACUCUUAACUCUUUAGGUGCUUGUAAAAAAUUUGAUCUCACACUGGCAGAUCCAUGAGGUGUCAACAGAACAAAAACGUACAAUAUUAUAUGAAUGAUUUACUCUCCAUCGGUGAAAAUAAAUGCUUCUUUUUAAAACGGUCAGUCAUUUAUAUAGGAACUUCACUGGUAUCUUAAGUUAAAAAAAAAAAAAGUUAAAGUAAUUAUUCAAACUAUGUCUGAUAUUAAUUAAUCAACCCAUGUCUACACAUCAGAACAGAACAAUCAAGAUCCACGUCGGCUUCAACCAAACAGUUCCCAUUCAAUUCCAUGGCUUUAUUAGACCUCCACAAAUUUCACCUGUAGUGAACCAGUGGAGGCUGACAUGCUUUAAUCUUUAAAAAAAAAUUUUUUUUUUUUUUUUUAAGUAAUGUUCAUGUUAUGUAGGUGGUGACCCAUCGCACAAGCCAAAAUGUCUGUUAUAAUGAUUUGAUUCAGUCAUUCACUAAGCUAUUAUAAUUACAUGGUGUCUGUGUAAAAUAUUAUAUCAAGAAAGAAAGGUGCCGUUUUUAUAUAAUAUACCUGUAAUAUCCUUUUUAGUUUCUUUCAUAUGGUAAUUCAAUGGUGAACUCCUGAAAACCUCUAAGGUCCAAAGGAUGUUGUGAAAUUCCUAUCCACUCUGCAUUACUAAAGCUGUAAUUCAGAAUUUAAAUUCAAAGUAUGUUCUGAAAGGGAAAUAAGUUGUCAAUCAAGAGUGGCAGUUUUUUGUCUGUUGACUCAGACUUAAGAUUUAAAAGCACUACUUUCAGUGGCUCAGCUGGAAUAAGAUGUUUUAUUAUGCUCGCGAUGAAAUUUUUAUGUUGAACAAGGAAAAUCAGGUCAAGGCAAGGCAGCUUGGUCUUUGGAAAUAAAGUUGACCUUUGAAGCGGAGGUUACCCUUGGUGCUAUAGUGGAAUUGUGUCCUUACUUUAGAACUUUUAAGGGUCGAAAUUUCACAAAAACGUAAGGAAUAAUGGCAUUGCUAGGCACAUUUACCAAAUUUAACCAUUUCUGCCCUACAUGUAUAUGUGUGUUUGUGCCUCGAUAUGGUGUAUGUACUUAUCGAUCCUCAGAGAAGUACUGUAUUUUCUUCACUUUUGAGUUUUGGAUAGUGACCAUUUCAGCAAAAUACUGGUGGUAGAUGGCAGUUGUACUCCUAAGAUUUAACUUUACAUGCUAUAAUUUUGUUUUGUUUUUGUCAGAGGGCUGGUCUCCAGGUUUUUGGAGUAACGUGGCUAUUUUAAAUAAAGAUUGUAGGUCAGACAUUAUCAGUCCUUAUACUUCGUACCAUCAUAAUCAUAAAACGGCCGGUGUGGAUGCAGGUUUUUUGUUUUAACCCAGCAAUACGACACCUGAUUCAACUAAGUAACUAACCGUAGUCUUCAAUCGAGACCUUUUUAAUUCGAAUCAGGUUUCUUAGUACUGGGCUAAUAUAAACACCUGCACCCACACUGGCUCUUUUCUGAUAAGAUUGGGGACCCCUGCUUUAGCUGAGUCCUUAUCCUCUUUGUUAUAAGAAGAUACUAAAGCAAAUGUACAUUUGUGCGGAAGUGACUGUACAUGGACUGAAAUUAUUCAAAUAAGCUGUCAGUUGGUUAUUUCAGCAGUAAAUCAUACCUUUAUUCAGUUUAAAAAGCAGCAGUGAUUUUUCUUUUCUUUAAUUCAGAUAUUUUGUCUUGACAUUUUUUCCUCAAGAAGACUGUAUUGUUUCCCAUUAGUGUAAGCAGACAAUUCAACAGAUUUUGCAACAGCUGUUUUUGCUCGCGUACCUGUUCUCGCACCUGCUUCUGGGCAGUGUUGAGAGAGCUUAAUUCUCAAAAUGCAGAUCGGUAUUUUACCUGCUUCGUUCUUGAUGUCUUGGAGAAUGUAGGGAGAAUGUUGAUAUUUGCACCAACUGGAGCACUAGCUUAGUUUUCAGCAUCUCAGUAAGCUGUUCUAAAGGGAAAUACCCAUCCCCCCCACCACACACACACACAAACACACACACGUACACACACACAAACACACACACACACGUACACACACACACACACACACACACACGUACACACACACACACACACGUACACACACACAAACACACACACUGCCCCCACUAUGCACGCAUGCACACACACUCACAGACCCACACACCACACAUGCACACUACACACAUUACCGUCACUACAUCCACACACACACAUACACACACACACACACACUACACCCACUACAUUCACACACCCACACACACACACACACACACAAUGUGAAUUUAACACUAAGUUGAUUAUCUGUACUGUGCCACCUCCAGGAUAAUUAUAUGAAACUAAAGGGACAGCAUGCAGUGACUUGUUAAGCUAUGAUGUUAUCUGCAUUAAGUUGUUUAUUUGUGUUUUUUUUGGCAGUCUUGUAUCGUUAGCACGCCCUGCCUCGUACAAUUUAAGAGGUUUGGCUCUGAUCUGAUAAAUUAAGGAAGGGUAAACAGCCUGCUGUAUGGCGUAGAUUUAGCAAGAUGCCCACACAAACAUUACCAUUGGUUCGCUAGUUUUUUUUUUCUUUUUUUCCAUGCUCUCUACUUGAAUAAGGAAAUAGCAGAAAUACGAAAACACUGUACAUGUUUACACUGAAUUACUGUGUCACUGGUGUAGGCUCACACAAGGCCCGCGUUAGGCCCUUGUCCUGGUGCGAAAAUACUGCUCAAGAUAAACUUCCUGUCGUUCAGUUGAGAAAAAACAAACAUUCAAGGUCGAGUUCCAUUAACGUAUGACAUGCUAAUACGAUAGCAUUUUAUUGAUUUAUUUUCCUUGGUUUCGAUAUGCCACAGUUGAACUUGUGGGGUUUUUUGUGUUAGUGUGUAGUAUCGUUUCGAAAGGUUUUUUUAGUUUUGUUUUGGUUUUUUUUGUUUUGCGGUUUUGGGAAACUGUCUGCAAGCUGUCUUUCUGUGAAAAGGCAAAAAAACAUUGUAUGGAUGUGAUUAAUGUGUUCUCCAUGUUUUCCUAUGUUUUCCAUUAAAAAUAAGUGUAUGAAU